AUGUUCCUCAGCCUUCCUCCCGCUGCUAGCGCCAAGCUUUACGGCAAUGUUAAGCCGUUUGUCUCUUUCGAGAGCACGCCUUCUCCUACCACACCUUCUUCCACUGCUUCCACCACCCCAUCAUCCUCUCCCUCCUCAAACAAGAGCAGCAGCACCACCCCACCCAGGCAGAAACUUCGCCGCUCGCCACCCGGUAUCGAUCCUGCCGUUGCAUCUGUCUUGUUCCUCUCCAAAGACCGCGCUCGUCACACGCGUCAUCACAAGAGCACCCCCAUGAAGCUCGAGGUCAGCUACAAAGACCACAUGGGCAGGAAGAAGGGCGGUAUGGAGGCUAUCGCGGAUGCUCUCAAAGACCAAGACAAGAGGGGUGCGGCGGAAAAAGCUCGCGAGAGGCUUGCGGGUAUCAAAUCCAGCCCUGUACCUGCGCCUAAGAGGCAGAGGGUGGAGGAUGAGGGUGUGGAGUUCUAUCCCAGGAGCAUUGAUUUCUUUGGCGAUGAGGACAAGAAGAAGGGAGCGAAGAGGGCCAACGAGAAGAUGAGGGAGGUGUAG